AUGAAGCUGUGGAGAGAGCGCAAUGUACAAGCAAGCCCUGCAGAGACGACGCGAAGCCGUGCAGCAGCGAGACGGAAAACCCGAGAUGCAGACCAGUCGAAAAAGAAAAGGUGGGCCCAGCACAGCCGCGCCGCCACUCAGGAACCACCGUCCGACCUGCAACAGGGGCCGCCACACCCCCCCGCGCGCACCACAGCGGACCCCUGUCGGCCCCCCUGGGAAGCCAUGUCCGCCCCGUCCACAGGUCCCCGUGCCACCCAAUCCCCUGGAAGCUUCGGACGCUUCAGCGCACCCGUUGCCGCCAUUGGAUAUGGGGCAUCCGCAACCCCCCGCCCUCCCCUGGAAAGGGUUUACGGUGUGCGGCUGGGCCCGCCUGGGCAUAGUGCUGGGUGCCUUGAAAUAACAUCCAGCCCCAUGUGA